CAUGGACAAGGACAGCCAGGAUGUUCACCAGGUGCUGAAUGAGCUCAAGAACAAGUUCCAGGAGAUGAGGAAGCUGAUCAGCUCCAUGCCCGGCAUCGCUGUGAGCCCAGAGCAGCAGCAGCAGCAGCUGCACAACCUGCGGGAGCAGGUCCGGACCAAAAACGAACUGCUGCAGAAGUACAAGAGCCUUUGCAUGUUUGAAAUCCCCAAGGAGUAG